AUGCGCAUUUUUGCGACCGCGGUAAUAAUAUUGACUGGAGCGGUAACCAUACUUUGUCCGCGGGGGGAUGGCCUGUCAAGAAACAUUGGACUGCAAGCCCAUGGGUGGGUUUUCAGUGAAAAUCAUGACGGUGCAACAAAAGCAGGAUUUAAUUCCAUGGAUAUUGCAUUCAAAGCUUUUUAAGAUUCCCUCGUUUGUUUUCUGAUCGCCGAUACAGUGCUGUGGAUGGCCAGCGGUGCUCGAUGAAGAAACCGGCCGGUGUGUUUACUCCAGCACCCAGAGACUGUCGCAUUUGAUGCCACUUGUCAAUGAACUUGUAGUUAUUUAGUCAUUUUACCGGACUCCGUUGCUUUGUUCUGGAUUUAUCCGGCACAUACGUGUAAAAAUGAGCACUGUGGUUUAUGUUUUAUCCACCGUGACCGGGUACGUGCUUACCUCCGCGUUAUUGCUGAAGUGUCCGUCUCUGCUUCAUCGGAGAAAAAGAACGGCUUUCUGCAGCAAACACAUCUCACACCGCGGAGGUGCUGGUGAAAACUUGGAGAACACAAUGGCAGCUUUCAAGCACGCUGUCAAACUAGGCACUGACAUGUUGGAAUUGGACUGUCAUUUGACCAGAGAUGAGCAGGUGGUUGUACUACAUGAUUCCAACCUGAAGAGGUCGACUGGGAUGAAUGCAUACAUCUCUGAUGUGGCUUAUGCUGAUCUUCCACCUUACCUUUGUAAGCUUGGUGUGACUUUCAAGCGAGAGUGCUUCUGUGAAGGUGGAGAUGACAAAUGCAUCCCUUUGCUAAAAGACGUGUUUGAUUCUUUCCCAAACACCCCUGUAAACAUUGACAUCAAGGUCAACAAUGACACGCUUAUCAAGAAGGUGUCUGAGAUGGUCAUUCAGUACAACAGGGAGCAUCUGACCGUUUGGGGAAACUCCAGCAAUGAAAUUGUAAAGAAAUGUUACAAAGAGAAUCCACAAAUCCCAGUCUUGUUCAGUUUGCAAAGAGUGCUGCUGUUAUUGGGACUUUUCUACACGGGACUUUUGCCCUUCGUCCCACUCAAAGAGCAGUUCCUGGAGAUCCCCAUGCCGUCCAUCAUUUCCAAACUUCGAGACCCUGAGCUCCAGACAAGAAGCCAACGUUUCAUAACAUGGCUGGCAGACACGCUUCUCAUGAGAAAAGCUCUGUUUGAUCAUCUGACAAGCAGAGGAAUACAGGUGUAUGUUUGGGUGUUGAACGACGAGGAGGACUUUAAACGUGCCUUUGACCUUGGAGCUACAGGAAUUAUGACAGACUAUCCCACCAAGCUGAAGGAGUUCAUGGAGAAAAACAACUACUGUACCAACUUUAAAUAAGACUUGAUCAAUAUGUUUUUCGCUGAUCUUUGGCCUCAUAAGUACUGAAAACAUUGCGUUGUUUAUGUGAAUGAGUGUAGAAGUAGUGGCAGCUAUAAGUUCUGCUUUCUUCAGCAAUAAGAGCAACUGUAAAGGGAUAGUUCACCCAAAAAUGAAAAUUGUCAUCAUUUACUCACCGUCAUGUCAUUUCAAACCUGUAUAAAGUAAAAUAGAUUUUAAGUUAUGUACUAGUCACUCUUGAAGUUAUGAUACUUUUAUGAUACUUUUAUUGUGUUUGUGCAUCCUUUUCAAGUCCCUGUGAACUCCCAAUUUGUUGUAAUUGCAAGAAUAAAGGCAACAAGUAUAUUUUUAAAAGAUUUAUAUUAAAAGAAAUAGGUUUGAAAUGACACAAGUGUAUGUAAAUCAUUACAACAUUUUCAUUUUUGGAAUUCCUGUAAAGCACAUCAUGAAAUCUGAUUGUAUCUUUAACUUGUCUGUAGUGAUACAGAUGGUCCACAAAAGUUGAAGUUUUAUGGUUGUGAUAAGUUAUAAAUCUUAGUGUGAUAUUGUGAAUGUUAUGAUGACAUUUCUGUGAAGUUUACACGUGAAUGACUGUUUGAGUUAAUUGUCAAGACUGAAGCUACUGAUGUUUUACCAAAGCAGUGAAAAUAUUGUGGGAUCAUUCAAGAGACCAAUAUUCAGACAGCAGUAAAACAGAUUGUUAAUGUUUACUGCAAUAAUCUGGUUUUAUUUGACACGUGUAUUUUGUUUUUGCUGUUUUCCAAAUCAACAAACUGUGUUAUUAUCAUUGUAUCUCAAUGUAUGUUGUGACUACAAACUUCAGACAGUUAUGUUGUUUUUAAUGCCAGUUGCAAGUUCAGACACUCAUUUUGUAUCAAAACUUUUAAAAACAAAAGAAAAGCAUAAGAACUGUGACCAAAAAAUGUUAACCACAACUAAACUUAUAUUCUUUUAUUUUAGCCUAUUCAAAAUAGCCAUCCUAAAUCUAAACUAUCGAUGAAGUUUCCAUAAACUGGAGUGCAAGAAAAUCAGACAACUUUCCAAUUAUUUAAAAAUGAAUGAAAUUCAUUUGUAAGCACAAUCAAUGUCUACAAAUAUAAGCAUUUAUAAUCACAAGAAAUGCAUAUUUAGUAAAGUGUAUCCAAAUUUGCUACUGGUAGUAUAUAUUUUAGUAUGUUUGACACUUUGAGGAAGGAUGUAACAUUGCAGUUUGUCUGGGUCACAAAUACUGGCACUCUGGAUAAUCAAUCAAUGUUGAGUGUUCAGCUGUUGUGUUGCCAUAUCUGAAAGAAAGGCGUGAAUUUGCUUAAUUCUUGAAGAAUUGCUGUAGAAUGCUGGACAUGAUAGCAACUUAUUGAAAUUAUAAAAUGUUUGUGAACUUUGUGUAUGGUGAAACUCAUUGGAACUUUUUUGUGUGUAAUUUUGCAAUUUUAUUCAUUUUUUUUAUAAAUCACUAUUAUUUAUAUCUAGAGAAGCUUCACUGGUUGUGUAUGAACCCAGUGUUUUGUUUGAUUGUACUGUUAUUCAGUUAUGACAAAAGUGAUAUGGUUUUGCCUCUGAAUUUAAGCAGCACAGUUCUGUUUGAAUUUGUAAAUAUGCUGCCAUAAAAUAUAUUAAGAGUGAAACUAGA